CGUAAUAACUACGAAGUCAACGAAUUAAAAUAUACUAGAUUUAAUUCGUGAUUAAAGCUCUACAUUAUUAUAAUUAUACAUUGAUCUCUUAUUCGUACAUCACAUAAUGUAAGAAAUAAUUAACAUUAUUCCUUAUACUGUGGUACUGCCUAUUCGGCGCGUGUAAUUGUGUACCCACGGCCGCACAUCGGUGUCAGUCGUCAAAGUACUUCACUGGCUCCARACUGUACUCUGUAGUGGCCAGAACCCGCCAAAGAACAGUGAGCCUCGCGUUCAGCGACUUUCCAGGGCAGACCAGGUUAAGACUGUCUUGUCCGUCGGAUUUUACGACAAUGGAUGUGUUGGAGCACGACAGCGACUCUGAACCUAGCGAAAUAAUGGAGCACAAGGGAUACACGUACGAGAAAARGCGGACGGCUAACACCAGUGCCAUGGCCACCUGUGACUGGGUGCUGUGGAAGUGCAUGAAACGCAGUUGCGCUGGACGGAUYGCCACGACCGCCGUCCGGACCAAACGAUGGCGGCGGAAACGAUUCGCCGUUCACCGGGACGUCGCUAGUAAUCGACUGAUGGCGUUCAUACCGCAAAAGCCACACAAUCACCCACCCAUGACGUCCACCGGAAACGAGACGUCUAAACAAACUGGGACGGCGACUGACAUAGCCAAACAGAUGCCGGAUCCAUUACCCUCUACAAGUUCCUCUAACGCGUUAAUUGCCCCAAGUUUUAAAAAGUUGAAUGAAAUUAAUACAUUUGAUUUGUUAGAAAAAAAAUCAUCAUUKUCACUUACUGAAAUUGAAAAUAUUAAUUCCAUUAAUYUUGAUAAUGUGUCAAAAAGUAUGGAUACUGUUGGUCAAACUGUGACUACAUUUGAUAAUGGUAUCAAAAUAUCAAAUGUUAAUGAUACAAUGAAAUUGUUAACAGUCAAGCUUGUUAAUUUUAUUGAUCACCAAACAAACUCCGAAGAAAGUCAUUUAAAAGACAUUAGUGUUAAUGUUGAUGGUACAAAUAUUAUUGAAAAUAUUGAAAAAAAUAAUGUUCAAAUUAAAUAUGGUAAUUCAAGUAUGUCAACUGAAAAUAAAAAUGAGGAAAUUCUGUGUAAUAUAUGCGGUACAUCGUUUGAUGAAUUUUGUUAUAACAAACACAUUCAAAACCCAAGACACCUCAGUGCAUGUGAGGAAAAUUUUAAAGACCGUAUUGAUUUUGAAAACUAUAGAAUAUUUUCAUGUUCUGUUUGUGUUACUACAGCAGAGUUUUUUAACUCUAUUGAACAAUAUUUUUCUAUAUUAGUAAACCACAUUCUUUUAGAGCACGGUGCACUUGUAGUAGAUGUAUAUUUUUUUGCACUUUAUCAUGAAGAUAGCUUAAAUAUAGAAAACAAAAAUAUCGCUGAAGUAAAACAUUUUGAUGUAUAUAAUAAAAAAUUGACCAAAAACACUGAUGUAUAUGAUCUGUACAAGGAUAUUGUUAAAUCAUUUAUGUUUCAAAGUGAUGCAUUAAGAACUGCCCAAUCUAGUUGGACUCUGGAAGAAAUACUUUAUAUCGAAAUAUCUAUAGUAAAAAAAUUAUCUGAAAAUGAAGUUACAUUAAAACCACUUGUCGAGAUCAAUGAUAAUAAUGAAAUUAGAAGUGAUCAUAUUAACACUGAUACUCUGCAAAAGACUGAACCACUACAGCUGAUCCGAUGUAAACAAUGUAGUAUGUAUGUAGUUCAACAAAAUUAUAAGCUACAUUUGGAGACAACAACGCAUAAAAUUUCACUCUUUUAUUUAAAAAGUGAAAAAAUACAAAUAAAUGUAGUUCAAAGUGACAACUGUUUUUUAAGUUGUCGAAUACUCUCACCAAAACAUGUGUCAAUUGAUCACUUUUUCCAAUCAAUUAAGUCUGAUGUGUUGGAGUUGAUUUCUAGAAUCUUACAAUUAGAAAACAAUGAACCGAUCAAUGUCAAAAUAAAAAUGUUUGGACUUUAUAAUCAUAAUCAAUCUAAUGAUUUAGGUGAUGUCAAAUCUUUUAUGAUAAGAAAUGAAACACUAUCUGGAGUUACAAUUUUGUUUCAUUGGAUUCAAAAAGUAUUAAAUACAUUCAAGACCUACCACCAACAGUAUUUAAAUUCCAUGCCUGAAUCCUAUUAUUUAGAACGUGUAAUGUUUUUAGACUUAAGUUUUUAUGAAAUGACUGAUAUUCAGGAAAUUUAACAUUGAAUGUUAUGUAUAAUAUAGAGGUUAUGAUUG